AUCUAAUUUAUUUGGAAUUAGAGAGCUGAUACGGAAGACAUGGGUCUAAGAGCACUGCCUCUUCAGCACAGCGGUGGGUUCGUCGCCACGACCAAAGUCCCGAUCUCAAGAACCUUGCCGAGGAUAAGCCAGAAACCUAGAUGGGUCGUCGUAUCAGCAAAGCAAGAGAAAGAUGAGGAGAAGAAGAAGGAAGACGAGACUUCGUUGUUCACUAGACUAACGGAUGCGUUGGAUUUCGCACAGGUUCGGUCGGAGAAAGACGCUGAGCUUCUCUACGAGGCCCGUGAAGCCACCAAAUCCGGUGGCAAGAUGAACAAAGAACAGUAUGGGGCUUUGAGAAGAAAAAUAGGAGGAACAUACAAGGACUUUUUUAAAUCAUACGUUGAAGUGGAUGGAGAAUAUGUGGAAGAAGGAUGGGUGGACAAAACAUGUAAGGUAUGCAAAAAGGACACAAGGGGUGAGGCAAGACAAGUGGACAAGUUAGGGAGAUAUGUUCAUGUCUCCUGUCUACAAAAUCCCUCAAAACCUUCUGGAAAUUUCUUCACCAGACUCUUCAUAAGAGAUGAUUAAUUUCCCAAUUCAUAAUAUAUGAAUGUUUGUUUCUGUUUUUUGGUAGCUAGCUAAAUUAUUCUUCAAAUUUUGUGUUAUCUUAUAAAAGCUGAAAUUUACUUGCGUACCAAAAACAAAAA